UGUUUGAUUUUUUUUCAAAACACAAUAGGUAAAUACGAGAUGCCAAAGGUGUACACAUUGUUUACAUGGCAGGCUGAUGGGGGUAACAGUGUGUGUUUGUGUGAGGUAUCCGGCGUCAAGAUGGGCAAGAGCAAAAAAGACUACCGAGAGGAGGUGGAGUACCACACAGGGUAUGACAGUGCUCCAUCUAGUGAAGAUGAUGAUGCUUCAUCCAGCUCCAGCGACUCCCCAUCUUCCAGCAACAGCAGCAGCAGGGACAGUAGCAACAGUGAAGAGGAGCGGCGCCAGAGGCGGCACGUCAAAAGGAAAAGUUCAAAAGUAAAACGAGAAAAGAGGAGCAAGAGGGCAAACUCUAGUGAAGAUGAAGAUGAAGAAGAGCAGCAACAGAAGCGGAAGAGGGCAAGGCACACAGUGGAAGAACACCCUGACGAGUGGAGGCAUCGUGGAAGCUCAGGAAGCCGGAGGAAGAAGCACCAUCACCAUCACCACCAUCGCAAGCACAAACACAAACACCGACGUCACCGGCGCCACCACAGUGAGGAGCGCGGCAGCCGGGGUGGUGACGGGAGGAACCUGGAGCGCCCCCUGGACGGAAGAAAAGGAAGAGAAGUAGACGAGAGAAGAGCCAGGGAGAGGUUAGAGCCAGAGAGGGAGCGACGGCCCCCUAGAGAGGAGAGGAAGGACAGGAAAGAGGAGAAGAGGAGUAGAGAAAAGGGAAGGAAUGAUGCUAGCAGGCCGGUGAAGAGCAAAUGGGAUGACGAGGACGAUUCCCUUUCCUCUGACAUCAACCGGCGGAUCAAGGUAGAGCCCGGCCUGGAGAAGGAGGAUAGCGAGGGGUGGAAUGGGGAGUAUGAGGAGAGCAACAGCAGGGGGAGGAAACAGAAGCACCAACAGCAGCGGCGGCGGCAACACGCGGAAGAGAGUGUGCGCCCCACCCAGAGAGUGAAGGAGGAGACGGGAAGCAGGUCAUCCUGGGACAACUCUAAUAGUACUGCAAAUUCAGAAAAUGGAAGGACUACUUGGGGGCCAGGUGGUGAUGGUGGUGCUGGUGGUGGUGAUGGUGGUGGUAAUGAUAAUUUUGAAGGGGGAGAGGAGGAGCGACAGAAGCCCAACCUUUCAGUGACAGGGAAGCUUGCAGAGGACACCAACAUGUAUAAUGGAGUGGUGAUCAAGUACUCACAGCCCUCCGAGGCCAGGAAGCCCAAGCGACGGUGGCGAUGGUACAUCUUCAAGGGGGAUGAGGAGCUGCCCUUUCUCCCAUUGCACCGCCAGAGUGCCUACCUCAUUGGAAGGGACCGAAAGGUGGCUGACAUCCCCACUGACCACCCGUCCUGCUCCAAGCAACACGCCGUCCUCCAGUACAGACUUGUCUCCUACAACAGGGAAGAUGGGACAAAAGGUCGCACAGUCAAGCCGUACAUCCUGGACCUGGGCUCAGCCAAUGGGACCUUUGUCAACAACCGCAGAAUUGACUCCAAGAAGUUCGUGGAGCUGCUGGAGAAGGAUGUGGUCAAGUUUGGGUACAGUUCCCGUGAGUACAUCCUGCUACAUGAGGGAUCCAAAGGAGAUGAUGAGGACAUGCCAGAUACGGGAGCUGACCUCAGCCCUGUGUCCCUGUUGAGGAGCUAACACCCAGGGGGACUGUAGGUGGUUGAGGUGGUGGUGGGGUGGGGUAGUGAUGGCAAUGAGGGCAGUAAUGGUGGUGCUUUCUGGUGUGUCUAUAUUUCUCUCUCUCUCUCUCUCUCUCUCUCUCUCUCUCUCUCUCUCUCUCUCUCUCUCUCUCUCUCUCUCUCUCUCUCUCUCUCUCUCUCUCUCUCUCUCUCUCUCUCUCUCUCUCUCUCUCUCUAGUUUGGUCAUACAUACAGUACACAGAAUGUGUACUUUUUUUUAUAACUUUCCAAAAUUAAUCAAACUGAUGAUGCAAUGUGUAAAGUUGCAGCAUUAUUUGCUUGAAACACUAUUGUUUUCCUGAGAUCAUGUAGUAAGAACUGCUACUAUUAUAAAGGCAGAAUCUUCAACUUGCUCAGAAUUCUUCACUUAACAGUACAGCUUUGAAGUUUAUCAGGGGAAAUAAUUUGUCGUGCAAAGGUAGAAUAACCAGGUAACUCUUUCUAACUUCCCUUUUCUGUAAUUUCUCUUCCUAGUCCUGGCUUAUUCUUGUAGCCCAGUGUGUACUGCUAACACACCAGCCAGCCUGAGGGACCUUUGAAGCCCAGACCUCCUAAGAAGUCACCACCAUCACACACCUUUGUCACCCCAACACCACACAUACAGAAGUCCUCAGUUUUAAACAAAACAUUUCCAAAUCCUUGCUGCCACAAGUAGCAGAGCCAGCAGAACAGAUGCUUCAUGUAUCUUCAGCAGAGGAUGAUGCUGCACUCACCACCACUGCCUGUCAUGACCUGCUGCUCUGCCACAGAACCAUUCAUGUACAUAUAUAUCUUAGGCAUCUCCCUCUCCACCUCCACCUUACUCCAGUUUUUUCCAGUUUUAAGUGCAUACAUCCAUUCCGGAAAAUGGUUUAUGCAUGUGCAAACACACACACACACACACACACACACACACACACACACACACACACACACACACACACACACACACACACACACACACACACACACACACACACACACACACACUCAAGCUCCCUGUGUGUCAUUGCAUCUCUCCUCUUCCCUGUAAAACUUGAUUGAAAGCUUAAGAAAGAGAGUGAUAUUGGCCAGCAUUUGUGGAAGGAGAGAACAGCAAGCUCACACAGAUGAGCACAUCAUGUUACUAGAGGAAUUGGUGUUGUCUUGAGUUGACAUCUACAUGUGUCUGUUUUGAGAAUGUGGGAAAGGAAGAAUGUGUGGGUUGGCUAGCUCAUGGCUUGGAUUUUUGCCAUUCAUCUAUGUGUAAUAUUCUUCUGUAGUUUGUGAUGCCCUGUGGGGUUUCAAUUUUAUUUAUAUGAUUGCACUUAAGGACUGCAGUUUGAGUGGUGCAUAUUCUCAUAUAAAUGAAUAAAUGAAUAUAAACCUUUCCAGCUCUUUGCUUGCUACUCUGAGCAUAGAUUGAGACUGGGAUGCACCUUUUGUGACAUGGUAAGCUGUUGAGGCAAGGAGGAAGAAUAUUGAGCAGUUUAACAGAAAAGAACCUGUCCAUUUUAUACCCCCUCAGGAAGUGUAGCAGCAUCAUAGCAAUGGUCUAGCCACAAUUCCUGUACACAGCUUCUGCCCGAGGUUUUGUUGUGAAGUUUGGCCACAGGAGUUGAUGUGAACACUAGCACACAGCAUGGUGGUCACAUCGACCCACUGGAUUGCAUUAGUACAGGUCUUGGGUCAGCCUUUAUGGCAGCAUAGGAAUCUGUCUUUUUUGGAUGUCAAGUGUUUUGUGUACUCACUAAGGUGAAAGUGUUGGAGCACCAAGCCAUUGUAAAGAAUAAUAUUAGGAAGGCAAUUACUCCCAAAAAUUGGUCACAAUAGGUACAUAGAUUUCAAAGUUUGCAAGAAGAAAAAGGUUCCUAACAAUCAGAAUAUGAAACAGUCAGAUGUAUUUGUUAACUGAAUGAGUCAUGGCACCCCAAUAACGAUUUAUGAAGUUAAGGAUCAUGAGAUAGUGUUACCUCUCCCACUGAGAUGGAAAGGAAAGACAACCUGAAGAAUAUUCUGGAAUUGAAUGGACACCAAUUUCAAGUAUUGUAGAAAAAGCAGAGAACAAAUGUGAUAUUUUACUUAAUUCAACAUCAUCCAAGACCAAGAGUAUCCAUUUUAACAUGUAAUACUUUGCCAAUACUUUAUUAUGGGUGAAUUUUUGUGUCACAAUUCACAUUAAAGAAACUUGAGUGUUACAAUAGAUCUUCUCCAUCAGGCAUGUUUGGUGUACCUGAGUGGAGAGCUUGCUCCUCCCCAUCACCCCUGAAGCCCAGGGAAGGCACAGCUUUGCUUAUGAGGUGCGAUCAAAAAGUUAGGAAAUUUUACAUCUGUGAAAAGCAAAGACCGUACCUGAUUGAAACUUGUGCCUAGAUCCUUCAAAUUAUUCAACUUGUCACUCUCAGCACUUCUGCUACACUUGGAAUGCUACCUAGGAAUUCUCUUCUUUUAAUUUGUCAAGCACUGUCUACUAUUUGCACUGGAUCUUUUUUUCCAUGGUGUCAAAACAUCAAACUUUCAUCCUGAAUUUUACCUUAAGAAGAGGAGAACUUUGCAGGGUGCCAGAUCUGGCAAAUAAGUCAUGGGAAGUGAUUCUGUGAAUUUGAUCACAAAAAUGUGCAGCCCAGGUUCCUAUGAUGACUGCAAGAUGCCACUCAGCUUGCAGGUUCAUGAAUGUUACUGUUAGCUCAUUUGCAGCAGAAAUAGUUUAGAACUUUUGAUUGUACCUCUUAAAAUUUAGCUGUAGGAGAGGAGCACAAAUAAUUGCACAUUUUUCCUGACUCGAAAAGCUGGAUUCUGAUGUAUUGUCUGCCUUCUCUUUUGAGGACAUAAUUUGGAAUAAUUGUGUAAAAUUAAUAAGAAAUGCAAAAUCAGAAGUGAAAAUUUCAAAGCUGGGUACAAUGGAAACUUCACGACCUAGUUUUUUUGCGUGUGAAUAUAUGUAAAUAAUACUUGUGUUGAAUUAGCUACUAAACAGACCACAGCAGGAUGAGGGUCAAUCAGAAAAGGUGCCAAUGCCUCAUAAUGGUAAAGAGUGCUUUUCCAUUGUGUUAAACCAGUUGAGGUGGCUUGGAUUGCUGGGAACCUCAGAUUGGUCUUUGAUAAAAUAAUAUGUACUUUUAUCAGCAUUAGGGAAGCUGAGUGUGACAAGGAUUAUAAUGUGAGGACAAUUAGAUGUUUAGUUGGAUGGUUUAGGGUGGAGGCCCUGUAACAGGGAGGGGAGGGAGAGGCAAGUGUAUCACCAUCACCUCACUCUUCUUUGUAAGUCUCUUCACUCAUUAUUCACCAGAGUUUCAAAUGAAGGAAAACCUUUAGAGCUCAGUAGUAGUGAGUGCGUAGAAUAAAUGUCUUAAUCUAUUUCAAUAAAGUAUUUUUUUGUUAA